AUGGCAUCUUCCGACGCCGUGCGGGAGAAUGGCGAUGUGGAGGAGCCACCGCGUUCGGCAUUAAUAUUCCUUGGCACCGGUUGUUCGAGCGCGGUUCCGAACGCGCUUUGCUUAAUCAGACCUUCUGAUCCUCCCUGCCAUGUUUGUAGUCAGUCAUUGGCUAUACCACCGGAACAAAACCCUAAUUACAGGUGCAAUACAUCUCUCCUUAUUGAUUAUUGCCAAGCUGGCGAUGAGCAUAAAUAUAUCUUGAUUGAUGUAGGGAAAACGUUUAGGGAGCAAGUUCUGCGGUGGUUUACUUUAUACAAAAUUCCACAAGUUGAUUCUAUAAUUUUGUCUCAUGAGCAUGCUGAUGCAAUUCUUGGUCUUGAUGAUGUUCGCGUUGUGCAACCAUUUAGUCCCACAAAUGAUAUUGAUCCAACUCCUAUCUACCUGACCGAACAUUCAAUGGAAAGCAUCUCGAUGAAAUUUCCCUAUUUGGUUCAUAAGAAAUUGAAGGAAGGACAGGAAGUCAGACGUGUAGCACAACUGGACUGGAAGACUAUCGAGACUGAUUGUAAGAAGGCAUUUGUUGCAUCAGGACUUGAAAUUAUUCCUUUGCCUGUGAUGCACGGUGAAGACUAUGUAUGCUUAGGUUUUCUAUUUGGUGGAAAAUGCAGAGUUGCUUAUUUAUCAGAUGUUUCUCGUAUUUUGCCAACCACAGAACAGUACAUCUCUAAAGAUAAUGGACAACAGCUGGACCUCCUCAUACUCGACACACUUUAUAAGAAAGGUUCCCAUAAUACUCAUUUCUGCUUUCCUCAGACCCUUGAUGCUGUGAAAAGGCUGUGCCCAAAAAGAGCCUUGCUAGUUGGAAUGACCCAUGAGUUUGAUCACCAGAAAGAUAAUGAAUUUCUCAAAGAUUGGUCUAAACGAGAAGGUAUACCGAUCCAGCUUGCACAUGACGGAUUGAAAAUCCCAGUUGACCUGUAA